AUGCCUACGUAUUUCGGCAUCAAUCAAACAUCCCCAGUGGGACCAACGGCCAGCCUGAGUGGACCACGGAGGCAACCACAGCCGCAACUACAGCCACCUCCAGCCGGCUCUUCCUCGGAUCUCAAUAUUUCAUCGACUGCGUCAUCUCUACUUUACAGUCCAUCUUCGAGUCUGGGCAAUUCUUCUAGCACUGUUCCCAUCCCCCCUUUAGCUUCCAGCAACUCUUCCGCCAUCUCUUCGAUUUCCAGUACCUCACCCAGUGUAUUUUCGAGUUCUGUCACCUCUAGGGGCUCUUUCAUCGCUUUUACAACAUUUACCCUGAAAAGUGCCAGCACUACGUUGGUGUCGAGUUCCAGCACCGCGCCAGCAUCGAGCUUCAGAGACCCAAUCGCGCAAGCCAGUUCUAUUAUUUCUCAGGACAGACUCACGGUAUGGUGCACUGAGGUUCUUGGGUAUACUGUUCCUCCCCAAAUCACGGUCACCAUCGUCUCAAAUGUCUCAGCUACGUCCCUUGUGACUACAAGACCAACCGACGAUACGACGACAAAUUUUGCGACCCUGACUUCGACUGCCACUCAAAGCAUACCCUCUUUUGAUAUCACAAUAUCAACAACACCCACUGUUACCGGUACCGUCACUACCACGGAUGAGGUUGUGGUAUCUGCAAGUACCACAGUUGUAGGCCCGUCACUCGGUGCUAAAAAGCGUGGUUUGCCAUAUAUGCCCGGGAAACCAUAUCCUGUCGAUGAACAGCAACCGCGACUUAUAGGGGCCAGCUAUAACGUGGCAUCAGCCGGUAGCAAUAAGACAUUAGCUAGUAGCGGUACUUUACCUGCCAGCAGCUAUGUCAUAUUAACCAACAGUUACGCAACAGCGGUGAGCAAUCAUGCACCAUCAGCUAGCAAUUAUACGUCGCUAGUCAGCAGCUAUGCAACAUCAGUUAGGAGCAACGCAACAGCUAGCUUGAACGCAACGGCCAGAAUCAAUGCAACAUCAGCCAUCAGCAAUUCGACAGGAUUGAGAACCAUCACGACACCAGUGGUCCUGCAGACCUUUAAUCCUAGCGUUAUCAACGCAGCAUGCUCCCAGAACAUCGCCAUGCCGACGCCUCUCCCCAGUGUCACGACUUCCAUAACCACCACCUUUAUCCAUACACACUACAUCGAGCAACCGUACGCAACACUGAACACGACCUACAUCAUAGCCACCGACACCACCAUCAACAAUGGCAACUACUCCACAACAGUGACCGGGACUCCAGUAACGAACGACAUCACAGAUGCGGCUACAGCAACCUCAACAAUCACCUCGACCAUCGUAGUAUUUCCCAGCAACGUUCCCGCCCUGAUCCUUACCUCCGCCGUCCCCUUGGGCCCCUUCAGUGCAGGCGGCGCCCCGCCGCCAGACAUAGACGACGCAGCCUACGAGCUCACCCUGCCCUUCCAAAUGCGCAUGUUCGACCACUCCUCUGAAAUCGUAUGGGUCUCAACCAACGGAAUCCUCUCCCUCGACAACGGCACCCGCGAAUACGACAACGAAUGCCUUCCCUCCAUCGGCAACGAAGACUACCCCUCCGACCCCGUGCCCCCCUACUCCGCCUUCCCCUACUGGGACGACACCUACAUCUACGCCGGCCAGCCCCAGGGCAUCUACUACCAGUACGGCCACGGGCCCACGAACAACAUCACCAGCGCGCAGGCCGGCGCCCCGCCCGCCACCAACGUCACCUUCGAGUACUACCUCAGCCACUGCUGCGGCAACGGCGACGGCGGCAACGAGAAGUAUUACCACUACACCGUCUUUUACGACAGCCUGAGCCCCGGCAUCUUCACCUAUCGGUAUUAUCAGAUCAGCGCGGACGGGGCUAGCGCUACGGUCGGGAUGCAGGAUUAUGUCGCCGACACGGCACUGACGUAUUCCUGCAACGAGGCCAUCGUCACGCCGGGUCUGGAGGUCGUGCUCAAUUCCAUCAUCGGGACGGUGCAGCAUCGGAAUUUCUCGGUGGCUGCUUCGUGA